AUGGCUUCUCAUUCAAAUAAUUCAGCUAGAACUUCAGCCGGGCCUCAAGGGAUGUCUUCUUCGAAGGAUUUGCUAAAUGCCACGCAUAGAAGAUUUUCUGAUCCCAAACGCUCUCCUAGUGCAAAGAGAUCGCCAUCUAUUUUAGUCACUGAUGCAAGAAAAGGUUAUGUGAAGGCGCCUUUUGCUGGACAUAGGCUUCAACAAAUACAGAGAGCACAACAUAACAAUGUAUCUGCACCCUCAAGUCGUAUGAAUAAUGCUUUGAAAUUCAUGAGGCCCAGACAAUCCACUGGAAGAUACGCAAAUAUAUCAGUAACAAAGCUCACUUCGAAUAUUAGUGAUGUGCCAUCAUCGGCCCGUCAUGCUGCUCCUAGAUAUCUUUCAUCGGGAUCCAGAUAUAACAAAGGUCAAAACGGUAUUCGCCCUAUUCCUCAAUUUUUAAGAGCAUUACCCAGUAGAACCUCAAAAUCUUUGCAGCGGUUGGUUUUAAUUCCGGAUGAAGCUACAAUGGCUGAAACGCAACCGGAAUCUGGGUCUGCUCCACUUCAGCAGCAGGAAGCAACAACAGAGAACAUAUUUUUGAGCGGAUAUAAAAGAACACGUGCUGAGAGUAUGUCGAAGGAGCAGAGAGAACUUGAAUAUCCUCGUGUUACUGCCUACUUAAUUGCCGAGGGAUUUAACCUGACUCUAAUAUCAAAGUUCUUAAAGAAGUAUCACCAUGUACUCCCUAGAUUGUACGAUGAUAUGCUUUAUGUUCCAUAUUCUUUACCCUUGUUGCCCGGAGAUGAUGGAUAUCGCGUUAAAUCCAAUGAUUCCGCCAGAAAUGAGCAUGGAAACGAAUUAAUGGAACAGUUUAUUGAUAGAUCAGAGGAAAAAGAGCAUCAUUAUGAGUUUUACUCAGGUGAGGACGUUGAAAAUAAUGCGAUAGUUAGUUCCAAUAAUGAAGCCUAUGUGGGGCAAGGGUCGAAUGUGUCUGAGUUUAAUCCUUCAGAACCACAAUAUUUUGUAUCUGCAAGUCCGGCAGAGAGCAUAAUAGAGGAAUAUGUCGAUGAUGAUAAUGCAUAUCAAUCUAAGACCUACUCAAAGGUGAAUCAUGAUGAAAAAGAGAGUAGCAACAAAAACUAUCCUACUAUCGUUCCCGCAGAGAAAGGCUUGCAUUUAUCUAAAAGAAGACGUUCGGAACUUCCAGAUUUGAGUAAACAUGCCGAAAUGUUUAUUUUGAACUAUGGUGUUGUUGUUUUUUGGAAUUUCUCAGAAAUUCAUGAGAAGAAUGUUCUUGCCGAUUUAGCGUUUGCCAAACUUGAUCAAGUUGAGUUUAGUUCUGACGAAGAAGAUGAUGAUAAGGAUGAUGAAGAAGAUGAUGGUGAGGAUGGUGAUGAUGAAAAUAGUACGGAAAGCCAGGAAAGCAAUUCCAAUGACUCUAGUGAUCACAGUGAUGAUGAAGACAGUCAGCCUCAACUUUUAAUAAAACCAGUUCCGGAGCAAGAUAUAGAAAUGGAAGAUUUUCAUUUUGAGUAUAAUAAGGAGGUUCCGACUCCGAGAAUUUUUAAUGAUAUGAUUACGUUGAAAUCCGGUGAUCAUCUUAUUAAGCUGACAAUAUCGCAUGCUAUAGCACAAUCAACAAAGCUUUGCAUGUUUGAAAGCAAAAUGUCACUAAUUCUAAAUUCUAUCUCGAAGCUGCCUAAAAUCAUGGCUCUUACGGGACGACUCAAAAAUUACACAGGUAAGAAAUUGCUGAUGAAAACAGGGGGAUUGUUGCAAUUAAGGAGUGAAGUUAAUUUGAGUUCCAACGUGUUGGAUACACCGGAAUAUUUUUGGUCCAUUGAACCUGGCUUACAUCCUCUGUACGUAGCUAUCAGAGAAUACUUAGAAAUUGAUCAAAGGUUGAGGUCAUCAAUGAUCGAUGCAAAGUUUUCUUGGAUUUCUUCGAUAUUGUGUCGGAUACCCUGGAAGAAAAUCACAUGGUCAGAGUAA